GGGAGGCCGGUUCUCUAGUUUUUUCUUCGUUGUAUUACCUUUAUUUUCCUUUUAUUUCCUUGGAUUUUCUCCAUUUCAUCUAGUUCGUCUAGAACUAUCUUCACCUUCAUCAACUGUCUUUAGUUUAUCUGUCUAUUCUCAUUAUCUCAUAUUUUCACUUCGCAACGUAUUGUAGUAUUGGAAUAGUUUUAAGGGUUUUUUAUUACUUUUUAUUUUUUUCAGAGUCACAAUGGAGCGGAAUCUCACAGAUAGCCAUAACCCCUUUUCAAGGGAGAGCAGGGCUUUUGCUAGAAACUCAUCAACACCAUCCUUUACAUAUCAUAACGCAGACCAAACACCAGAUCAAUUUCCCGUAGACGAGAAGAGACCUGAGAGAGCGUUAUUGGGAUCACAAGGCAACUCGGCGGCCAGCUCGAUAGCAGGAGGUAAAGAGGGCCAUGGAGAUGUGGAGAACGGUCAUGGGCACGGCGACGACCUAGAUAUUUUCGAUCCUAGCCGACCAAAGUUUGGACUCCGCAAGCGUUUACACCAUUUCACAUGGGCUUGGUUUACGCUGCCCAUGAGUACGGGCGGGUUAUCCUUACUUAUUUUUGCUCAGCCUCACCAGUUCCCGGGUUUACGGCAGAUCGGUUUAUUCGUUUAUAUCGUCAACCUCAUUCUCUUCACCGUGUUAACAUGCACCAUGUUGGCACGAUUCUUCCUCCACCAUGGCGACUUCUACAGAUCUCUAUCACAUCCUCGUGAGGGUUUCUUCUUCCCGACGUACUUCCUGUCCGUGGCCACCAUCAUAACCAGCACUCAGCGUUACGCCAUUCCCGCAAACGAUACCGCCUUAAUAUGGGCGAUUCAGACAGCUUUCUGGGGAUAUGUGGUCGUCACGCUUAUUUUGGCUGUCGGACAGUACAGUUUUGUGUUUGCCAAGCACAGCUUUGGCCUACAGACCAUGAUGCCGACCUGGAUUCUACCCAUCUUCCCCAUCAUGCUUUCAGGAACGAUCGCUGCGGUUAUCUCAGAUACGCAACCGGAUAUCGCGGCUAUCCCUAUUGUAGUCGCUGGUAUGAGCUGCCAAGGUCUAGGUCUUUUCGUCGCCAUCAUGAUGUAUGCUCACAUGGUUGGUCGUCUGAUGUCAGCCGGCCUUCCCCACCGUGAACACAGACCUGGUCUAUUCAUGAACGUGGGCCCACCUGCCUUUACUGCGCUUGCGUUUAUCGGCAUGGCGAACGGUCUACCCGACAACUUCGACCGGGACAUGGAUGGAUUCAUCGACGUCAACCUAAUCCGAACCUUCGCCAUCAUCGGUGCCAUCUUCCUCUGGGCGCUAUCCCUCUGGUGGUUCUUCAUCGCCGUCAUCGCCGUCGUCAGCUCGCCUCCGAAAUACUUCCACUUGGGUUGGUGGGCAAUGGUUUUCCCCAACACGGGGUUCAUCCUUGCCACUAUUUCGAUUGCGAACGAGUUCGGGAACGACGCGGUAAAAUGGGUAACGACGGGGAUGUCCAUCUGCUUAUUCGCCAUGUACUGCUUCGUCCUCUUCCACCACAUAAGGGCCGUCAUUGUCCAGGAUAUCAUGUAUCCUGGACGGGACGAGGAUGUCGAGGACCAUUAGAAAAAAAUUGUUUCAAUCCCUAAACUUUCUUAAAUUCCUUCUACAACAAGGCAACGAGAGAAGAGGCUACACAGAUAACGUGUUGAUGUUCUUUUUUUUUUAUAUCAUUCAUACUUUUACGCUUCAUUCACUCGUUUCGAACACUUACUACUCUACACGAACAAUCAAUCGUCUUCACACAACCGCAUACACACCACACUUCAUCACUCUCUCACACACACACACCACUACAUCCAGGCGGCGCUAGGAUUUGGUGGGAACCACCCUAAUAUUAUUGGCUGGUUUUUCGUUUUGGUUUUUUUCUCGAGAUAUCCCAGGCAUUUUAUAGACGAGCGCGGACGUUUCUCUUUAGGUCACCGCCGGAAAUAUUCAUUAGUUAGGCGGGAAUUAGAAACCGGGUUGCGUCGCUUUGCAUUAAACAUACAUAGAGUGGCUUUAGGGAAAAUCAAAAUGUAAUAUUAGCCAAAAAACUUUGAUUUUUUUGGAUCUUCGUAGCGAUGAAAACCCGAAUAGCUGAUAUCGUUGCUUACGUUUUGCCGUCUUGACCCGAAUUAGGUGAAUGAAUCUGCUAUAGUUGCCAGUAAACGCGCUCGAGGCUCAUCGUACCCCACCUUUGUAAUCAAGAUUUCUCCAUCCAUGAUGAAUACCUAUAAAAAGAUCAAUUAUUAUGUCGAUUAUGAAGCAAAUUGAGAACGGUGA